AUGGACCUCCAAGCAUACUUAAUAAAGAAGUUUGCAACCUGGCAACCCCCACCACCGAUAGUGGAAGGAAGAACCAAGCGCGACGUCACUUUGAGAUGGACUACGGAACCCUUUGACUUUCUGGAUGGAGACCUCCUGUUUUGGGUUCAGAAGAAAGAGAAGAUACCGCCUUGGGUAAUGGUAUACAGCGGUGGCAAGACAUCAAGAACUAUUGACAAUCUGGCACCGAGACACCCACACAAAUUUCGCAUUAAAGUUAUUUUGAAAGCAACUGCAGUAGCAACCCUAGCCCAGAAAGCUCUUGAUCAUUUUGGAAACGAUAAAGCUGUUCACGAAUACUUUGACAAUUUAACUGAUGAUAAAGAAACUAAAGAGAAUACCAUAGAAACUCACAAUAAAAACAUAGAAACUAAAAAUAAUAAGACCCCAGAAAAUAAUUUAGACAUUGAUACAAAUAAGCCGGAAACUAAAGGCAGUGGUGAUGUUUAUGAAGAAAAAGAUGACGAAGAAUUUAGAAUAAACAAUAUUGGUGCCACUGGAGAUACAAGUAACAAAGAAAAUACUCAAAUCUGUUCACAGAUUGAGAUUACAAGUAAGAAGUGGCUAGAGUCGCAAUGGUCUGAAGAGACCAGUACGAGCACUGAUACAGACGGUACUUCCGUUGUUUGUUUCUGCAUGGCUGUCCGCUGUGGUUACCUUAAACAGGUUCAAGCUAUGCUAGAAGAAAGACCUGAUCUGAUUGAGAUUGUCAACUUCAGUAACGGUUUUACUCCUCUUGCUACUGCUGUUCGGAAAGGGGACAUAAACACCGUCAAAUUCCUACUGACAGCUGGAGCUAACGUGAACCAGCCAUCAUCUAGCAGCCAGUCACCGUUGCACUUGGCUACGCUCGGCGGUCAAAUCCCACUGGUUGACUUGCUUCUGGAUCAUGGAGCUGAUUUUCAGGCGCGCGAUCUCAAUGGUCUUCGUGUAGAACAUUAUGCAGUAGACGCUGGUAGUCCGGAGAUACUUACCCAUAUUCUUCGACGUGGCGGUGACUUGACCGUGAAGGAUAAUAAUGGGUGGACUCCUCUGUUCAGGGCUGUGACGCAAGGAGCUUCGACGGAGCUGAUCGAACUCCUGGUCCUAUCUGGAAGCGAUUUAAACACAGCCGACUACGCUGGACUGGGAUUGCCUUCCGCCGCAAGACUCCUUCAUAAUCGACACGGUCGCGACCGAGACUCGAUCCUGCGACUAAUCGACUCCCAAUAUCCCCACGAGCAAGCCGUUGCCAACUUUACUCGCCUCACUAAGAAGAUAUCGAGCUUGCACACUAUCCUAAAAUGACGUCCAUUUUGUACAAAACCUAGGAGUAAUACACCUCUUUUUAUAACUAGUCCUACUAGUCCUAUUGAAGAACAAAGUAAUCAAACUAUAUGUUCAU